UCCGCUCCAUCCACCGGAGGUGUCAAGAAACCCCAUCGGUAUCGCCCAGGGACUGUUGCCCUCCGUGAGAUUCGGCGUUAUCAAAAGUCAACAGAGUUGCUAAUCAGAAAGCUCCCUUUUCAAAGGCUCGUACGAGAAAUUGCACAGGACUUCAAGACCGACCUUCGUUUUCAGAGUGCUGCAGUUGGCGCACUCCAAGAAGCCAGUGAGGCAUACCUAGUGGGCCUGUUCGAAGAUACGAAUCUUUGUGCUAUCCAUGCCAAACGAGUGACCAUCAUGCCCAAAGAUAUUCAGCUUGCUCGGCGUAUACGUGGGGAACGUGCGUAA